GAUCAAUGUGUAUACGUCGUUCUAUUUAAAAAUUAUUGAUAAGAUAACUUGAUUUUGGAGUUGAUUAUUGAUUGAAUCGAUCACUGAAUUGAAUAACUGAAUAACUAGAGUUUCAUUUACGUCUAUUUUUGCAACCUGAUCAUCGUGAGACAUUCAAUUUGAAAAUGCCGAAAAUGAAACGUAAACCAAACAAGAAUCGAACACGCACUGUUUAUCCACAGGAACGUCCGGAUAAAAAACCAAAAUUUGCCAUCAAAGAUGGUCUCCGAACUGAGGAUACUGAAUUCAUUGAUCCUAAAACUUCAAGAAAAAUCUUAGAACAAGCACAAUUACAACAGAAUGAACUGGAAGAAGAAUUCGGUCUUCAUGAUCCAUCGAAAAUGGUUAGAAACAAAGAUACCAAAUUAGAUUUAUCUGGAAAUUUUUCUGAUCGUGAAGCUGAUGAUGUUAACCACGAUGAUUACGAUUUGUUAGAUGAAGAUGAAGAAUCAGCUCGUGACGUGUAUGAAUCGUUCUAUGAAGAAUUAAAACUGAACAAGGAAGAUGAACGAGCAUUGGAAAUGUUCAUGAUGAAGGAUAAUCUUAAACGGAAAUCCUUGGCCGAUUAUAUUCGUGAUAAAUUGAAAGAGAAAGAAGAUGAAUUGAGCACGAUGCUUAACAAUGAACAAGCAGUACAAUCCGGUUCGAAUGGCUCUGAAUUGGAUGAUCGUGUAGUGGAUCUGUAUCGCGGUGUUAAAGUGGUACUACAACGGUAUCGCAACGGGCGAUUGCCUAAAGCUUUUAAGAUAAUACCUGCAUUAGCCAAUUGGGAACAGGUAUUGUUCAUCACUGAACCUGAUUGCUGGACAGCAGCGGCCAUGUUCCAAGCUACUCGGUUGUUUGCAUCGAACCUCAAGGAGCGUAUGGCGCAGCGUUUCUUCAAUCUGGUAUUAGUGCCAAGAAUACGUGACGAUAUCGAAGAGUAUAAACGGCUCAACUUUCACCUUUAUCAGGCUUUAAAGAAGGCCUUGUUCAAACCUGGAGCCUUCUUCAAAGGCAUCAUUAUACCGCUCUGUGAAUCGGGCGAUUGUACAUUACGAGAAGCUGUCAUUAUCGGAUCGAUCAUGGCACGUAAUCAUAUCCCAUUGUUGCACUCAUGUGCUGCUAUGUUAAAGAUUGCCGAAAUGGAUUAUAGUGGGGCAAAUUCUAUCUUUCUAAAUAUUUUGAUCCAGAAAAAGUAUGCUCUUCCAUAUCGGGUGAUUGACGCUCUAUUUUAUCAUUUCUAUCGAUUUCUGAAUGAUCGCCGAUCAACGUUACCCGUUCUAUGGCAUCAAUGUUUAUUGGCAUUCGUACAGAACUACAAAAAUGAUCUUUCCUGUGAACAAAAAGAAUCAUUGUUAGAGCUUUUACGUGUGCAAACUCAUCACGCUAUCACACCUGAAAUUCGUCGAGAAUUGUUCAAAUCUCGAAAUCGUGAUGGUAGCGAUUUUGUUAUCGAAUCGACCGAUAUGCAUUAAAAAUUGAAAUGAAUAAAUUUUAUAUAAAAUACAA